AUGGCCUCUCUGAUCUAUGGAGUCAAGGACGUGCGACCAGUUGAUGGCAAACCAAUAUUUACAAUUGACAGGAUUCUAGGUCUGGACGAGGGAGAACGAUAUAGAAAGAUUAAACCCUAUCGACCUUGGGCAGUUUCAGAUUCGGGAGCGCCACAAGGACGCGUCGUGCCUAAAACCAAAGAAGCAUCAGACAAAAGCUCCAAAGAGAAGGAGAGGACGCUCACCACCCAACUCUCUACAGACUCGUACCAAAACGCACUUAAGUGGUACGUAGGACGUAGACCUAGAACCGCCUUCACCAGCCUCCAAAUUGAGAUCCUUGAGAGCAUUUUCCAAGUGAAUUAUUAUCCUGGGAUAGAUGUGAGGGAAGAACUCGCUAAACAGCUUCACUUAGAUGAAGACAGGAUUCAGAUUUGGUUUCAAAACAGAAGAGCAAAGCUAAAGAGAUCUCACCGUGAAUCCCAGUUUCUGAUGGUGAAAAAAGCAUUUGUAGAGGAUGAUUAAUUCACCAAUUCUCUUUUUCUCACCGCUGUCUUCUCCCUCUUUUGAAUGUCCACACACACACACACACA